AUGGAUAAAGAGUACUCUAAUUAGUUGGAUGGUAAAAAUAAUAUGAAAAUGAACCAAAACUACAUUGUGGACCUGAUUUCCAAAGCCAACCAAACUGUUAGAUCACUAAAUUUAAAAUUAAAAAGGAAAUAAAUGAAAGACAAAAUAGAUAAAGAGUACUUUAACGUGUUGAAUGGCUAAAUAAAUUUUGAGAUCAAUGAUAAAGAUUAUAUUGAUUUGAUUACAACAAAAGCUAAUCAAACAGUUAGACCUUUGACCUUGAAGUUAAGAAUGAAAUAAAUGAAAGAUAAAAUGGAGGAAGAAAUUAUUGUAAACUUGUUUAUUGAUUAGUAGAUUUCCAAAAUGAAACAUGAAAGCAAUUAACAACAAUAAAACAAUGAUGAUUAUUACAAAAAUAUCUUCUUUUUGCAUAAAAAGAGGAGAAGUAAAUUAAACAAUAAAUCUAUGUAUCAUAACAGCGAAGCACAAAGUCCUUUAACCCAAAGAAACUUCACUCAAUACUCACCUAAAAGAUAGGCAUAAUAAUUUAAUAAAACAAUGUUGCCCUCCUCUCCAAUUAUAUAGACUCAUAGGACAAAAGUGCAAAAAUAUUAGGAUUAUUUAAAACUCAAUCAUUAGAUCAUGAAGCAUAAGGGGUAGUUGAAUGAACAGAUUUUGAAUCUCUUAGAAGAAAAAGUGUAAGUAAUUAAUUAAAUUAGUCACAUAGCAAAAUCAUUUAAAUAAUCAUGCGCUAAGUUGGGAGUCGAAUCGUAUGAAUAAACUUUGAAAACAAUUCAAGUUCUCAAAUAAAACAUUACCUAAAAGGUCAUAAAGGAAUGUAAUACUGUAUAUGAGGAAAGACAGAAUCACAAGUUUAGCAUUCUUGAAAAAACCUAUGCAGUAAAUAAAAAUAUUAUUUAAAGUAUUUUUUAAAGGUCUUGGAUGUAAUUUAAUAAAUGGAUGAUUAAAUCUACUAAUAUAUGUUGAAUUAUAAAUUCAAAAAUCAAUUGCAUGAUCAGAGCUCUAUCAUUGAAGAUAUAAAUUAGAUGAGAGAUGAUGCAUAUAAUGAAAAAGUUCGAACUUUCAGUAAAUAUCAUGACAUAGAUCAGGAGAAGAAGAGAGAUAGGUAAAAACUUAACAAAAUGAAAGUUUAUUUUUGA